AUGCUUUAGUCAUCCAUCUAAUAUUUAAAAAGAGGUUUUGCUAAAUAACUCAAUUCUUCGCAAUAGAGAUUCUUCUCAACUAGCAUUGAGAGACACGUGCAUGUGAUUGGCUUCCCAUUUGCAGGAGGAUAGUAGAGACCAGGACCAGAGGAAGCCCCAGAGUGGCUUUUGCAAUAGAAAUUUUUGUAGAAUAGAAACGGAGUCUCAACCGAGAUGGUCAAUGUAACAAAUCGAAAAUGCAACUAAGCAUAAGAUAAGGAUAUCAUUGAUGGUCAUAGAAAGGGAGAAAGAAACUGGCACAACGUCUACCAGUCUAAUGUCAGACUAGAGUCUAGUGUCAUUAAAUCGCUACACGCAAAGUAAUUCCCAGUUAUCUUUGGCGGUGAUCACUCUUAAGGAAUAGGCUCAAUUAAUGGUCUAAAGGCUGUUUACCCAAAGACUAAGAUCUUAUGGAUUGAUGCCCACGUAGAUGCGAAUACUCCAGAAUCAUCUCUCACUGGAGAUAUUCACGGAGGUCCAGUAGCUUACCUAACUGGCUUAGCAAAGUAUGAGCAACCACCUGUGCUCAGCCUAAGGGAUAUUGUAUAUUUUGGCCUUAGACAAUGGGAGCCUGAAGAGAAACAGCUACUAGAUGAUAGAGAAAUUUUAUGGUUCAAAUCAGAGGAUUGUCUAGCAGAGCGAAUGGACGUUAUAAAGAAAAAUAUCGAAUCAUACUUAUUCCCAAACAAUGCUGAGAGAGUUCCCUACUGGAUUUCUUUCGAUAUUGAUGGAGUGACAUGGGAAGAUUUCAGAUCAACUGGCACCCCAGAGUCCAAGGGUAUUCCUCUUAGCUUUAUGCUCUAGUUCUUUGAGACCUUCAUUCCAGAGGCCUAUGGUAUGGACUUUACAGAGGUAAACUUUAGAUUAAGUGAGGGAGAGUAAACUGACAAGGACAAAGAAACUGUCAAACUCUUAAUGGAAAAGAUUAUAGAUGUAGUACACAAAUAAAAGUUCAAGUACCCACAUCAAUUGUGA